AUGAACGUGCGGGGCUGGCGAUGGACGUACGUCGCCCUUGGCGUCCUGCUGCGGGUCGUCCUGCUUCUCUGGGGCACCUGGCAAGACAAGCAUGCGGUUCUGCCUUAUACCGACGUAGACUAUGCGGUGUACAAUGACGGCGCGCACGCGAUGUGGGCUGAAUGCGCGCUCGAGCAGACGGUCGAAUCGCCGCUCUUUGAGGCCGAGUCGGAUCUCUUUGACGAGCCAUCGCUUGCGGCGCAUGUGCGCUGUGCGCGCGGAUACAUCCCCGCCGUGUCUCGUUUUGUGCUGCAAAACGAUCCGCUCCAGAGCAAGGAAAGCAGCUCGUUCCCGGAAAGCUCGCUGUUCUUGCGCGCAUCGCGCGCCUCGUUCUGGAUCUCGCGGCCGCUCUUUAAGGCGAUCGCAUCGCUCGGCGAUCCAUACUCGCGCGCUACGUAUCGCUACACGCCCCUCCUUGCACUCAUCCUUUCGCCGGCGCAUGCGGUGGAAUGGGCGCCGCCGAUCUGGGGCAAGCUUCUCUUUGCACUCGGAGACAUUGCCUGUGCGCUGCUCAUGUGGGCGAUCCUCGAUACACGCGCGAGCCACCAUGCGGCGCGCUCGCUGUCGCAGCCGUGGGCGACGCACCUGCCGGGUCUCUUGUGGCUUCUGAACCCGUUCCCGGCGCAGAUUGCGACACGCGGCAGCGCCGACAGUCUCGUGCUCGUGCUUGUACUAGGCUUUAUUGCGCUGCUGCUACGUGCGACGCCGGAGAUGGAACUUGUGGGGUCGCAUGCGAUCCCGGGCGACGCCCCCGAGAAGCCGAGCGAGCGGACGCAGCACGACCCAGCCGACCUCCGUGUCGCAGACGAGGUCGCAUGGUACGGCGCCGCGGCGCUCCUUGCGCUCGCCGUACACUUUAAGCUGUACCCCGUGAUCUACGGCUCGAGCGUCCUGGCGCAUCUCGCGACCUACCGGCGCCACGCUAUCCGCAUUCUCUGUGGCAUCAAGAACCCCAGCGCAUUUGACGUGAACAUUCUCGGCAUUGAGUUUGCUGCCAUCGCCGGCAUGAUGUACGCGGUGCUCAACCUGGGCGUGUGGCUCUUUUGGGGCCAGCCAUUUGUGCGCCACGCACUGCUUUACCACGUUACGCGUCAGGACCCGAAGCACAACUUUAGCGUGUACUUCCUGUCGACCUACCUGGCCGGGAGCUUUGAUGCAAGCAGCGCGCCGCCUAUCGUCCAGACGCUGUACUCGCUCGCGGCCUCGCCGUUGGCGAGCUUUGUGCCGCAGCUGUUGGCCUGUGCAUACGUCGGCUUUACGCUCGGCGGCAAGGACCUUGUGCUGAGCUGCGCGGUGCAAACAGUGGUCUUUGUCGCAUGGAAUAAGGUGUACACCAGCCAGUACUUCCUUUGGUACCUCGUCUUUGUGCCGAUCGUGGGCGUGACGCUGCACUUUGACAGCUACCUCAAGCCCGUCUUUCUCGCUGGCCUCUGGGCAGCAGCCCAAGGGAUCUGGCUCUACUGGGCCUACCGCCUGGAGUUUAUGGCGCAGGACACGUUUGUGCCGUUGUGGCUCAGCAGCAUGCUGCUUCUCGCAACGCAAGUCUACCUCGUCCAGUCGUGCCUCACCGCAUGGGAGUCUUGGCGUCAGCGGCAAGUCAUGGCGCAUGCGAAGUCACAGUAA